CUGAUAGACGGCACUGACUGGCAUCACUGCUGGGCACUGACUGGCGGCACUGACUGGCACAACCGCUGGGCACUGACUGGCAGCACUGCUGGGCUGCACUGGUGGGUGGCACUGGUGGGUGGCACAGGUGGGUGCAUUGCUGGGCACAGGUGGGUGCACUGCUGGGCACAGGUGGGCGGAACUUGUGGGUGGCACUGCUGGGCACCGAUCAUCAGGGCACUGAUCAUCAGUGCCCUGAUGAUCGUGCCGAUCCUCGCUCUGACAACUGCCGGUUCUCGGCAGUACUUUCCUCACGAUCUGACAGCGUGAGGAAAGUGCAGACGAGAACCGGCAAUUGAAU